CCUAGAAAUUACAAACCAAAACCACCACGACCUCAAACUCCUCCACCCGCAAUGGAUCCCCAAGAAGAAUCAGUCGCGUCGCCGGCCUCAGAGCCGCGCAAGCAAAAGAAGAAGAAGGUGCUGCUGAUGGGCAAGUCGGGCUCGGGCAAGAGCUCUAUGAGAUCGAUUAUCUUUAGCAAUUACGUUGCGAAGGAUACUAGGAGAUUGGGAGCUACGAUUGAUGUGGAUUUGAGCCAUGUCAAGUUCUUGGGCAAUUUGACUCUCAAUCUUUGGGACUGUGGAGGACAGGAUGCAUUCAUGGAGAACUACCUUUCGCAACAGCGCGCUCACGUCUUCUCUAAUGUUGGCGUCCUGAUCUACGUCUUCGAUAUUGAGUCUCGAGACUUCGACCGCGAUCUCCUCACGUACCGCUCGAUCAUCGCUGCCCUCAGUCAAUUCUCUCCUAGUGCAAGCGUCUACAUCCUGAUUCAUAAGAUGGACCUGGUCGUCCCCACUCAACGAGAAGAUAUCUACAACGACCGCGUCACUCUCAUCCAAUCCAAAUCUGACAACUUCGCAGCUACCCCGUUCGCUACCUCUAUCUGGGACCAAUCUCUCUACAAGGCAUGGGCUGAGAUCAUCCACGACCUGGUUCCGAAUCUAGAUAAGAUCGAGACCCAUCUAGGCAGACUAGGCGCUAUCAUCAUGGCCGAAGAAAUCCUCCUCUUCGAACGCUCCUCCUUCCUCGUCGUGUCAUCCUGGGCCUCUUCCAUCGGCAAGCAAAACCCCACCACCGACCGCUUCGAGCGUCUCUCCAACAUCAUCAAGAACUUCAAGCAGACCACCUCCCGCUACACCGGACUCCCGAAAUCCUCCGAGCAAUUCGUCCUCAUGGAAAUGAAGCUCCAGACCUUCAGCAUGUUCGUCAUCAAGUUCACGACUAACACCUAUCUGGCUGUCGUCCUUCCACCAGGCGAGACUACGUUCAAUUGUGCGAUGGAGAAUUGCUAUAUUGCGCGUACCGAGUUUGAGGAUCUGGAUUCGCCGGCAAAGAAGAGUGCUGAUAGGGGCGCUACGACUUCGGGUGCUACGACUUCGGCUGAGACUUAAGGUUUGGCAACGGGAGGCGUUCAUAGGGGAUAAUGGUGCAUAUUUCAGAGAUCGCAAAAUGGAGAAUCGAAUUGAAUUGUAGCAUAGCGGAAAUACCCAAAAUCAGGCAGGCGUUAGACGCAAUUGAUGAAAUAAAUGCGAUGAUAUUCAACC